AUGGCAGACAAGCCAGACGACGACGGCUCCGACUCUGGGGACGACGAAGACGUGGAGCCGCAUCCGUUCAGUUCAACAACCACAGCCACAACGCACCAAGUCGUAGUGGCCGCACAGUCCCCGGGCGCCCCCCAUGUUGUGUUUUUCCCCUACCCAGCCUACCUCAAUAUGACGAGGACCGUCCCGUCAGACACAACAGUGGAGGCCUGGCUGCCAGAUAAGACGAUUCGAUAUCACGGGACUCGGCGAUACCUCUACAACGCCGUGAAAAACGCCCUGAAAGCUGCCCACGCUGUCGACACGACCAAGCGCGACUGGAAUUUGUUCUGGGGCCGACACUUGGAACCCAACCAAUAUGCUGCUUUACGUCCAGGUCAAAAGGUGAACCACUUUCCCGGGAGUUUGGAGCUGGGGCGCAAGGACAAGCUGUGCCAGAACAUCCUUCGCAUGCAGCGCAAGUUUGGAGGCUCGUUUUACCAGAUCAUUCCGGAAACGUACAUCACGGGGGGCAAAGACUGCAAGCCGUUCAUGACGGCCCUCGCGUCGUCGUCGAAAGCUCUCUGGAUCCUCAAGCCCCCGAAUCAAUGCUGCGGUCGGGGCAUCAAGAUCAUUCCAGGCGGGUCUGACUACACGUACGAGCCCGCGAAACGCUACGUGGCCCAGCGGUACAUUAUGAAUCCAUACUUGAUCAACGGCUUCAAAUUCGACAUACGCCUCUACGUCCUUGUGACGUCAUAUCAUCCCCUUCGCGUGUACUUGUUCCCGAAUGGCCUCGUUCGGUUCUGCACCGAGAAAUACUCGACGUCGAAAAAGGACGUGUCGAAUCGAUUCGGCCACUUGACAAACUACAGCGUAAACAAGAAGAACAAAGCGGCCUUCCAGACCAACCAAGACGCCGCGGCCGACGGCGAAGGCAGCAAGUGGAGCUAUCACGCCUUGCAAGCGUACUUUAAAGCGCAGGGGAUGGACCCGUCCGCGAUUCACAACGACAUUGCGGCGCUAAUCGUCAAGACUCUCAUGUGCGUGGAAGCCCCCCUCGUCGCUUCACUCCACAAGCACACCAAGGAACUCGAUGCGUGCUUUGAAUUGUACGGGUUCGACAUCCUUCUGGAUGCAAACGUGCGGCCAUGGUUGCUUGAAGUGAACGUAUUUCCGUCCAUGAGCAGCUCCUCCCCCAUGGACAAACGCAUCAAGUCCAUCCUUGUCUGCGAUACAUUUCAGCUGGUGGGAAUCCCUGCCGUCGACUUGGCAGCGGACGCGACGAACGCGUCGGCAUCGAUGCCUCGACCGAAGGGUUUCAUGCAACAAGACCUACACCAUCCGACUCUGGACGACAACGAAGCCACGUGGAUUCAAGCGCUGGAGGACGAGGCGCGGCGAGUCGGCCACUUCCAACGGAUCUUUCCAACUCUUGACACGAUCAAGUAUUUGGACUUUUUUGAAAAGCCCCGACCAGGAAAUGCCGUGUACGCCACGUACCUUCAACGGACGUCAUCCGCCAGCGCGUUGAAAAGGACGACAGGUGCGACAUCGACAAACCCGCCACGCGCCUCUGGAAAACCCGCUCGGCGGAAGAGCUUGAGCACCAAGUUUAGCCAGGCCAAGGCGGCGAGUUUGAGCUACCACUUGUAG